AUGGAUUCUGAAUGGAAUUGGUUUGAAGGGAUUGAUUUAGAUCAUCAUGACAACGCUCUGCAGUCACCGAUUCCAAGUCUGGGAAUUUCACCGUCCAUGUUGGAUCUCAACGCCUCAAGCAACAGCCUGCCUGACUCAUCUACAACUCAAGAAUAUAGCGCCCAACCAGACGACCCCCUGCCAGAAGAUCUGAGAUUCAUGGCAGCCCCACAGUUGGGGGUGUUUGAUAGCCCCCUGGAUCCGAGUGGCUUCUGGAAUUUGGACGAACAAGUAGACAGCUACCCAAGUCUUUCGAGUGCUGAGCAAUCCAGAGGUGCUAGCCCGGGAUUGGAGGCAAUUCGUGACCGCACAAGGCAUAGUAUUCAAUCCCCGAGAGGUUUGCCGAGGAAUCGGAGUCGCUACUCAACCAGAAGAUCGGGCAAUCCUUCGACACCGGUUUAUAUAUCGCCUAGUCCUAGCACACCCAUUGAUCGUGAUCCGAUGCAGCGAUGGCAAGAUUCCCCUCCGGAGGAUGAACCGGCAGAUCUAUCGGCAAUUAUGAAUGCCCUCCAAACAACACCAAACCAGAAAUCUAGAGCUCUAUCACGCUCUAACGUAGGCGACAUUCGGCAGCCUGCUGAUGCUUUCCGAGGAUAUCGCCAGGUCGCAUCCUCCAAUAGCGGCGAAAGCAGUCGUAGCAAGUCAUCACAAAAUUCGAUACACUCCGAGAAUUCCGGUACCUCUGGCUCUUCCCUCAAUUCAUCUGCCUCUCGAUCCCGAAAAUUCCGAGGCCGAGUUAAAAAAUCACGCUCAGCCAAACUAGGAACGGAUCAGAACCGGAGCUUCUGUUGCACGUUCUGCUGCGAUCGCUUCAAAAGCAAAUACGAUUGGACACGACACGAAAAAUCACUGCAUCUAAAUCUGGAAGCGUGGGUAUGCGCCCCUUACGGAGGGGCAGCCUUCUCCAUGACUACCAGGCGUCGGCACUGUGCCUAUUGCCAUGUCUUGGAGCCAGACACCGAUCACCUCAAGCAACAUCAUCACCAAGCCUGCCACGGAGACUCAACCGAGCCUCGAGUUUUUCGCCGCAAGGAUCAUCUUGUUCAACACCUUCGGCUGGUGCACGAACUGGAUGUCAUGCCCAUGGUCGAUGAUUGGAAACUAGAAACACCGGACUUCACGUCUCGCUGUGGAAUCUGCGACCAGAAAAUGAACAGCUGGAACGAGCGCGCAGAUCACAUUGCAGCUCACUACAAAGAAGGACGAAGUAUGGUAGACUGGCAUGGUGAGCACGACUUUCCACCUCAUAUCGCUGUACAAAUCACGAAUGCGUUGCCACCCUAUCUAAUUGGAUCCGAGUCGCGGAGCAUCGUCCCAUUCUCUGCGACAGGCUCCGGUUCUCGCGACCACUUCUUCCAAAUUUCAUCCAACGCAGGAAUGGAACAUCGGGUGGACAAUUCCCAGCCCGUUCAAUCUUUACCGGAGAAUUUCUCCUCUCAGUCGGAAUUAAGCUCCUUUACCGAGAUCCUUACAAUGCAUCUCAGCCGCUACGCCCAAGAACAGAUGAAGCAGGGUAUCAUUCCAACAGAUGAUAUGUUCCAGCAAGAAUCGCGACGAUUAUUGUACGAUUGUGAGGAUAAUUGGAACCAGACUGUGGCGGACAAUGGUCAGUGGCUUUCGGCAUUCCGCAGAUUGCAUUGCCAGCCCGAAGAUGUACCGGUUCUUGAAAAGGAAGUGGAACUCUCUGCUUCCGGAAUUACAGAAAAAUGA